CGCACGUCUUACAUUCGCAACUAAGUGCUAGACUUCCUUUCUAAACACUGGAUCCCAAAUGAUAAGGCCCCCAAAUAUUCUAAGAUUGCUGUUGUCUUAUCCUGGGGAGCUUUCUUCCUGAGAAAAUGCCAACCACACAGAAAACGUUGAUGUUCCUGUCUGGCUUUCUCACAAGCCUGGGCUCAGUUGUUGUCAUCUGUUCUAUUCUGGGGACACAGGCAUGGAUCACCAGCAAGAUUUUCUUCACAGACACUAUCUCCAAUGGUACCAUUGCUAUCACCUAUGGGCUUUUUCGUGGUACGAGUAGUCAAGAUUUGAACGAAGGCCUUCAAGAGCUGGACAAAAACUUUGAAGUUUUAGGGAUAUUGAGCAAUUCUUCCCAGAAGUCCCUGCAUGUGGUGGUCAUCAUACUCCUGAUCCUGAGUCUGGCAGCUUCCUUGCUGAGCUCAAUGUUCACCUUCUACAACAGCAUCAGCAACCCUUACCAGACGUUCCUGGGACCUAUGGGAGUCUACACCUGGAAUGGACUCAGUGCAUCCUUUGUGUUUCUGACCAUGGUUCUGUUUGUGGGGAAUGUCGACUCCAACCAUCUCUCCGAAAAGCUGUCCCAGACACUUUAUCCAGAUGCCAUUAACAAGAAAACAACCCACACUUAUGGAUACUCAUUUUGGCUCAUCCUGCUUGUCAUCCUACUGAAUAUUGUCACCGUGGUCAUCAUCAUUUUCUAUCAGAAGGCCCGAUACCAUCAGAAGCAGGAGCAGAGGAAGCCAGUGGAGUACGCUCCGAGGGAUGGCAUUUUAUUCUGAGAUCUGUCUCAAAGCACAUUCGCACUGUCUCUGCCAAGCUGGCUAGCUCCUCUGGACACGGCGUGGCAGAGCAACUGUCAGGUGCCAUAACUCUGGAACCAUGACACUGUGUGCUUCCUAUAGAUGGUGCUUGUACCUUUCUCCAUGGACCUUUCUCCCUGAGAAGCGUUUUCUCCCAAGAUCAGGAAAAUGAGUGGGAAAGGCUGUGGUCUAGAGUACUCUGAAAGAAAGUGGUCUAUGGCCUGCAGGCCCUUCUCAUUUGACCUUGCUAUUCAUACUAUAAAGGCCUGUGGGGAUUUUUUUGCCUUUCCUGUGACUAGAUAAUGAAUUGUGGCCCCUAUGACCUUGUCCUCUGGAUUGAUUAGGCAUUUUGCUUCAUGGUAAGUAUGAAGACUUUUAGGUAGAGAAGCACUCUGAACCUCUUUUUCCAGUCAGAAGUUAGAUGCAGAAGGAUAAAGGAUGAGAUGAUCUCUUGUUCUGGUCCCCUGGUGGCUGUCCUGGCUCCCAGGCUUAGCUCCUUUAAUGAGGGCUAGAUGCUUAUAGAACUUGGGACUCGGGAAGCCCCACACAAACAGGCUAGAGGUAAAAUAUGGUCUCUUCCAGUAAAUUGGAAGUCAGCAAAAUAACAAAGGCACCAAAAUUUAUUCUACGUGUUUUUUCCAGUAUGACAUUUCCUUUAAAAAAUCUAAUAGAGAACCCUUCAGCCUUGACUAUCCUGUAGGUUGCUAUGGUGAAAACUGACAGGUCUGAAAAAUGACCCCUUUCAUGUGUUGAUGGAGUCUUAAAGCAGUAACUUUGUGACAAGUGGUGGAUCUUAUGAACCUCAAAGAUAAGUGGCCUUCAACACUCAGACUUAGAGAUGUGAGCUGGGUUCCCAUGAUGUCAGUGGAAGCGUGCUGGGUCCUCAACCUUGUGGUAUUUAUGUUUACUACUGGGUAGAUGAGACAGACAUUUAAUAAGCUCUUACUUGACUCCAGUUGAAACAGUUGCUUAGAGUUGGGGGUCAUCCCUCCAUUGUAGAGUACUAAAAAGCCUAGCAUGUAACAGGUCCUGGGUUCCAUCUCUACCUCUGUAAAAAUGAAACAACAUCUAAUGACAACAUCGUGCUUGUGUUUUGAAAGGAUGGAUUUCUAUCAUGCUCUACCUUGAAGAUUUACUAAUUCAAGGUUACUCUUACCUACUAAAUUAUUAAAAGUUUACUGUACUUUA